AUGGUUUGGCAGUGUGGAAGAAGAUUUCAAAAUCCUAAGAAUUUCUUGCUGAAGAACCAUCGCAAAGAAACGUGCAGAAUAGAGGAAGAUUCAAGGGAAGGCUCUGGCCCACAAAGGACUGUCAUGCAAAUAGAACUAGAAGAAGACGAAAUUUUGAGUCAUACAGCUCAAAACUGUUUUGGUGGAAUAGAAUCCUUCGAAAAAACAACUGGUACAGCAUUUGGUCCAUCUGUUGGAACAACAGUUCUUUUACAACAAAACGAUCAGGCUCUAACGCGUGAUUGUAUAAAUUUAUGCAAACAACAGUCCCAAUGCCUCUCCUUUUCUCUGGAUUACGCUGGAUUUAGAUGCAGUUCCUACAAUGUAAAUUCAAUCGGAAGAAGAGAAGCAUUAGAAAUUAGGUUAAAUAACAACUUCUUCGAAAAGACAUGUUUCCAUGGAGUUCAGAGAAAUUUAUUCGAGAACCUAUGUGGUGAUAGACUGUGGGCCUUUGAGCGAGUAAAAGACGCUUUCUUAAAUGGUUACGUUGAAAAAGAAGUUCAAAAUGUUCAAACAAAGGAAGAAUGCGAGAGAUUAUGCUUGACCGAAAUUAACUUCAUCUGCCGAUCUGCAGACUACGAUGAAGUUAUGCGGCAAUGCAAAAUGAGUAAAGAGGACAGGAGAUCUCAACCUCAGGCAUUCAGAGAAGUCACUGGAAGCAAUAGAGAUUACUUAGAAAAUCAAUGUGCUGCAUCUGCUCCUACUUCGUGUCGUUAUGAUAUACGGCCGGGUUUGUCGAUUAUUUCGAUGGAUUCUCUCCAGUUUGCCUCGUCUUCAGAUGAUUGUCAAGUUCAGUGUGACAGUGAGGCGACAUUUAAUUGCAGAGCAUUCACAUAUACAAGCAACAGAUGUUUUCUGAGUGGGGACGAUUCCGUCAGUCUCGGACCUAUUGUCUUGCCAGAAAAGCCUGGAGCAACAUAUGGAGAAAAGAAAUGCGUUCUUGAGCAAUGUACUGGAGGUGCCUUCACUUACGAGAAAAUGACUGGUUUUGUUUUAAGAUCAGCAGUGCAGAACUCAAUCAUGGUGAGCAAUCCAGGAAGCUUGGGAAAUACUCUAGAAUGUCAAGAGUAUUGUCAGCGAGAUGGGUUAGAUUGUCCGGCAUUUUCGGUGAACUAUCAGAAUAUGAGAUGCGAUAAACUAGAUCGAAAUUCUCAAGGUCGAACUCAAGAUCUCAUACCCAGGGACGGAGAAAACUAUUUUGAAAAGAUUUGUCUCAGAGGACCUGUAGCUACUGCUUGCAAAGAUCGAGCUUGGGCUUUUGAAAGAGUUCUCGGGCAUGAACUAGAAGCACAACUCUAUGACCGUACCGUUCCAUUUGUCCAAAGCAGACGAGAUUGCGAAGAGUUAUGCUUAGAAGAAAGAAGCUUCAUAUGUCGAUCAGCACUCUACAAUGACGAUACAACAGAAUGUAAACUAAGCAGAGAAGACAGGAGGACAUUGCCAUCAUUUUACAGAAGAACAAAUAAUGUGAAAGUGAAUUAUUUAGAAAAUCAGUGUCUACCAGUUUUACAAUCUUGUCCAUAUGAAGAAACUGCAGAUUCGUAUCCAACUUACACAGAUCAUAUCCAAAUGGUCAGCAUCACAUCUAACGAAGUAUGUGAGCAGUUUUGUACUCAGUAUCGUAGCUUUAACUGUCGAUCAUACGCAUACUAUUCAAGCAAUGGACAAUGCUUUUUGAGUGGUGAUGACCGAGCCAGUGGUGGUUCUGGUGCGGUACAAAGUCGACCAGGCCUUGUUUAUAAUGAAAGGAAGUGUCCGUCACUUACUCCCCCGACAGAAAUGCCAACUACACCCACAACAGAUCCACCACCUCCAACUCGGCAGUGUAGCCAUGGCGAGAUAAUGAUGUUGGAAAAAACUACAGGCUACCAACAUUUAGGCAGCGUAUCAGUUUUGUACAGAGGAAAUCCUGAUAUUCCAGGAAUCAUUACAGAAUGUAGAAGGAUGUGCGAAUUGAAUUAUGAGUGUCAUGGAUUUACCCUGGACUAUUUGAAGCAGGAAUGCUACAGUGGAUCGGAAACUUCUACCACUAAGCCCAAAGAGCUUAUACCCGCUGAUAACAAGGCCUAUUUUGAAGGCAUUUGUUUGCCAUUUUACCUAGGUUGCUCGAAGCAGUGGAUGUUCGAUAGGUACGUGGACAAAGAAUUGAGGGGUGUUGUUGCCAGAGAUGUAAUCCGAUUGGUGUCAAGAUCAAACUGUGAGAGAAGGUGCCUGGAGGAGAAACGAUUCGUUUGCCGUUCGGCCAAUUAUUAUCGCUACAAUCAAGAAUGUAGACUUUUCUCUGAAGAACAAAGUUUUCCACACACACAACUAUCUUUUGCUGGCGGGGUUGACUACUUGGAAAAUCAAUGUAACAUUGGAACAUCUACAUGUCCAUACAAGAUACCCGAAAGAGAUCUGUUUAUGGUAUACACUAGUAAAGCGAUUCCUGGAAUUAGCAAUUUUGAGCUUUGUCGUCAAUUGUGCAUAAAGGAACAGGAUUUCAACUGUAGGUCAUACAGUUUUUUGGAACAAGGAGGAAUAAAUGAUUUAUGCCUAUUAAGUCCCGAAAACAGGCAAACAGGACACGCAAAAGCUGUAAGAUAUAGACAUAAAUCUCUUUAUCAAGAAGUGGAAUGUAGAGGACAAAUACAAGGUACAACCUUGCCAACGCCACCAACGAUAUCCACCGAUUCGCCUCCAACUGUAACACCACCUACAAGGCCAACACACCAUCCUCCAACUCUUCCUCCCCCAAUAACUCGAUGUAGCUUCGAGCAAUACACUUAUGAGAAAGUUGUUAACUACAAUUUAAGAUUCGGUCGUAAAGAAAGAGUUAUAACAAGGAAUCCAAUAGGAGUCGUAACAGAGUGUCAGAGUCAUUGCCAGAGAUUAGGUGAACGUUGCAAAGGAUUUAUGAUUGAAUAUUCAAAAUAUCAACAGUUGUGCUUUUGGUUGGAUGCUUAUUCCAGUGGAAUAGACAACACUAUAUCACCCGCACAGGAUACAGUAUACUUUGAAAAGAUUUGUCUUUCAGGACUAAAUUGUGGAAAAUUAUGGGCAUUCGAAAGAGUGCCAGGUUAUGAUUUUCAUGAUCUCCCCAUGCUUGAAAUGCCUGGUGUGCCUAGGCGCACUGAUUGUGAAGAACUCUGCUUACGUAAUGUGCCUCCGUGCAAAUCAGCAACCUAUGAUGCUUUCCGACGAAUUUGCCGACUGUAUACUGAUGAUCGAAGAAGCAAACCAGCUGCAUUUGCUCAUGAUUUACCGGAAAUGGAAUAUUUGGAGAACCAUUGUGCCUCAGAACCCGCUACAUGCGAAUACAAGAUUAUACCCGAUCGUUUCUUCCCGUUCAUUGAUCGUCUUACCCGGGCAUACAGUUUAGCUGAUUGUCAACGCCAGUGUGACCUCGAAGACAAGUUUGCCUGUCGCUCUCUCAACUUCGAGACUGUAGUACGAGACUGCGCUUUGAGUAGUGAUGACAUGGUCAGCAUGCAAAUGAACCCAGAGGCCUUGAUUCCCAGACCAAAUUCAAUCUACAGCGAAAAAGGCAGCUGUGAGCAAGUGAGUGUGCAGUGCAAUCAGCAAGACAUGCUGCUAACCGUGAAUUUUGGAUCACCAUUUCAUGGUAGAGUUUAUGCAAAAGGUAAUCCGACGCAGUGCUAUAUGGUUGGAACAGGACAGACUACUCUUUUAUUUGCCAUUUCUCUCGGAUCAAGAUGUGGAACCACCGUCGAGAGUUCUGGACGUUAUGCGAAUGAAGUCGUCAUACAGCAGCACCCCGUGAUAGUGACAAACAGUGACAAGACCAUCAAGGUCGUUUGCUCCUUCGAAAAUCUGGAUAGAACUGUGACACUCGGAGCUCUCUUUCCCGGAGCGUCUCCCGGAUUGGAUGUCACGACAAGGUUUCAGCUGCCUGUUACGGCCAUUGUGACCAACACAGCCCCUCCCCCAAAUCUGGUGAUGCGAGUACUGGACCGAACUGGACGGGAUGCUGGUGUUGUUGGAUUGGGCGACGAACUUAUGUUGAGAAUUGAACUCAGAGAACCAGCUAGCAAUUUAGCCAUUUUUGCACGCAACCUGUAUGCCAGGAGCAAAAAUGGGGAGUCCCUGUUCCUCAUAGACAGUACUGGGUGCCCUACAGACCCCAGCAUUUUUCCUGGACUCAAUUUAGACGCCCGGGACCGCAAGACACUUUUCGCCAAUUUCAAGGCUUUCCGCUUCCCUUCCACAGGUCUCGUCAAUUUCGAAGUUCAAAUUCGCUUCUGCCAGGAUCAAUGCAAACCGGUUCGCUGCGCCAAUAAUAUGGAAUCCUUUGGAAGAAAGAAAAGAGAAGUUGACGCAUCACUUCCAUCACAACCUAGCAACAGUUCAACUGCACCACCCACUCAUCUCACCAAAGAACAUGAUGCCGAAGCCCAAGCUUUUCACGCCUCUCGCUCUAUGAAUUCAGAAUCCACACCUCUUUCAACACGUAGAUACACGCCAGCUCCAAAUCACAAUAACGGAACAGGAACAAUGCGGGGGCAGUCAAGAGUUACUCAAGUGUUCCGGACUUUCCGUAUUAUUGGCUCGACAGCCACCACUCCGUUUAUGAUUAAAAAGGAAUCUGAUAGUCCAUCGGAAGCAAUCAGAGCUCAUUAUAAUUGGAGGAAUGUCCACAAUCUCCCUAAUAAUUACCAUCAUAGAGGAGUGACUGAUGGUGAUGCCAGCUCUCGAGGUACGGCGAUCAAUCUUGGAAUGACGGAUGGUCGAGACCCAGUUGCAAUCGAUCCUAAUAGAUGGCGCUAUCAUACUGCUCAGGCUGCAGAGAAUGAGUACUCAGUUUUGCCGAAACGGGAAAGACCAUCCUCUUCGAGAAAUACACCGGUAAAUAAUAGAGUUCCGUAUUCGAGAUCUACAUUCCAGGGUCAUCGAAAUACAAAUUAUCCUCCGGCACAGGGAACAACUGUAAAGCACACAAAUAAUUACCCAAAAUUUAAAAAUGGGUCGGCUACAUUUUUAGGUCAUCUUCCGCCAAGUUAUGGACAACAUUCACCUGAACCUCGGAAACAAGCCACUGGUUUUUUCCAACAUAAUGCACAAACCAACCAGAAACAGUCCAUGAAACCUAAUGCAUCAUAUAUGUAUGACAAUCUUAGAGCUAGACAAAUUCCAAAUCGUUACAAUUCUUAUAAUGUGGGUGAAGGAAUGAGGCAAAGGAAUGGAUCUGGUGUCACUAACGAUAAAGUAUCUUCGAGUUAUAAUAAAGUUUCAACAGAAGUACCGCCAUCUUCUCUAACUACACCAGAAUUGAUCAUUUCCACUAUGGUACCUGUACCGGAUGAAUUACCUCUGUCCUUAGCCAUCAUGGUUGGCGAAGAUUCUGGAGUUGAGGCUCCAUCAUGGAAAGCAAACAGCAAGCACUCCAAUUCACACGCUACCCCAGAUGAUGUAGAAACAAUAGGACUUAUAUGCACUUCGGUUGCUACGAUUGCAGCAACAGCAGUAACUUUAUCUCUGGCUCACGUGUUUGGAUUAGUAGGUGCUUUCUGUUGUUACAAAUGGCAUAGAAAAAGUAAGAGAAAGAAAAUUCUACAAAAGAGUUUAAACAUGCCCAGACAACUUCCACCAUCAACUGCAGCAAGAAGAUCCUCAGUGGGUCGCCAAGAGGAGCUAUUUUACGCCAAACCUGAUGUAUCAUUUAGAAAUGUGUAUGGAUCUUAUGAAUCACCACCAUAAAGAAACCUGUGAUUGAACAUUUUUUUGAAUGAAUUUAGUCAAUCAGAUGGGUGAUGCCAAAUUUCAUAAACAUGGCAGAUGAUCGACUAAAUUCAUGCAUGCCUGAAACGAUUGUUUUUGUUUGAAACGUGUACCAACAUGUUCAUGCUUAGGACAUAAAAACUCAUUAUUACUUUGAAGUCGGUUUUAAAGCACCUUCUAUAAAUAAAUAAGUUGUGAAUCAUUAUAAAAAAUAUAACUGGUGCUUUUUUGGCAUUUUAAAAUGUAUUAAGAUUUCCACUCUUUAUUUAGGUUUGUUUUCAAACUUUAUGAAAACUAUUUUCGAUAUUUUUUUAUUCGAAUUCUUGCAUCUGUGUGAAGAAAUUGUAAUUUCAUUGAAAACUAUAACUCAUAUAAGAGGGGGAGAAAUAAUGUUUAUUUUAAUGAUGUGUAGAUACUUACAUGGGAGAAGAAGUGAAUAGCAUAAAUUCUCACGAUUAAGCUUCUAGCAGAUGUGCGUAAUUAAUAUCUAUCUAUCUGUGUUAUAUAAAUGUUGAGUAUUUGCUCUGUUUACAGAAACACAUUUCUUCUGAUUGCAACUAUACAAUACAUAUUUAUACCUGAUUUCCGUUACUAACAUAUUGCUUUUUGCAUUAGAAUAUUGCAAAUUUCAACGGCCAAGUUGGUAUAACGACAGUUUUAUUUAUUUCAUUUUCAAAUCAUUUCAGUAAAUCUUUGGUCAUUAUAUAUUGCUUUUAGGAAUAUAUUUUCUUUUAUUUUUAAGAAGAAAGAGUUUAAAUUAAUAGUAAUUAACAUAGUAAUUAGGUUUAUAGCCUAAAGUCAAUUUCAGUAUUAUUUAUAUAUUUAUACUCUUAGAAAUUGUCACCUCAUACUAGCGUAUUUUAGAAAUACGUAUGGCCUAUCACGUUGUUUUUAAGUUCCCACCUGGUGAAAGGCUGACUUCAGAAAGAAAAUAUUCAUAAUCGCAAAUGUAUGGACUGAAUAUAUAUUAUGUAACUAGAUUAUAGACGCAAUAAGAUUGCUUUCAAUGGUUUUCAACUUUAAAACUUAAAAAUUGCAUUAUGUAGAAAGGCAUCAUCAAUUUCAUAUAGCAAAAGUUUAGUUAAAUGAGUUUUUGCUUAAAAUUUAUUUUUUUUAAAAAAUGUAUUAAUUUUGUGAUGUCGCUAUUUAGAAAUACUGAUCAAACAUGUAUUAUGUUCAUCGUAUUACGUUUUUCACCCAUAUGUACAUGCUGUAGGCUAAUUGAAAAAUCCUACUUUUUACAGAUUUCACCCCAUUUUGCAAUGCACAAGGCUAAUUAGAAAAGUUUUCUGCUUUUGCCAAUCAGCCUGCUAUUUUUGGGCUCAUUGCAUCAUACAUACCUUUAGGUUAACUGGAAAAUAUGCAAAAAAUUAAUCAAUCAGACUGAAUUUAUCUAGGCAAAUUGAAACAAGCCUUUUAUUAGGCUAUUUGCAUUAAGCCAUCCCGCAAGCUGGAUUGAUUGCAAAUCGCAUAAAAUAAAUCUAGCUAAUUGAUAAAUUACAGAUGUAUUUUAAAGACCCUAACGGUAUGUUGUUUAACUGUAAUAAGUUAGGCUCAUUGAAAAAUGCUGGAUAGUUUUCUAACUAGCUUUGCGAAUUGAAGAACGGUGGCAGCUGUUUCCAAAGAGCUAAUUAAUGGGAUCAGCCUGCGGCAUACUCUACGAUGUGUACUAAAGUCAAAGUUGUUCUAAAACAAUGUAAUUGAUAAUUAAAAAUGGAUAAUGCUGUAAGUCCAAUGGGAUUUUAUAGGAUAGCGAAAAAAGCUUUUUUCCACUGCGUUCAGCCUAUUUCAUUUCAUAUAAUGUGAUUCAAUUAACUAGCAAAAUAUUUAGACUCAUUUCUUUUCAAAUAUUUAUUAAUAAGGUUACCACUCCAAGCUUUCUUUAGUUAGUAAAGUUAGUAAAGCUUUGCAUUAAUGAAAAUUGUUUUAAAGAAUAAUCGUUUUUUUAGUACUUUCAGAUUUUUCUCUUUUUAAUCCUCAAUGACUUUUAACUGUUAAGUUUUAUAUAUGAAAAGCAUCUAAAAGUUCCUUCUUGUACUUUUUUUUCGAUUUUAAAAAUAACUACAAAAUUUGAUCUAUGAACCCUUUACUGAAAACCGUCUCUGACAUCCAUUUGUAAAAUCAACUUCUUUUCCAAACAUCCAAAACAUCUUUUCAUACUUACAGAAAGUUUUGCUAUGUCACUUUUAUGACUGUGUAUGCCUCUGUUGAAGAAAUACUAGUUCAAUUUCGUCACCACUGUGUACAAAAAUCAAAUAUUCUCUUCAAAAGGCUUAAUUUAAUUUAUCAAAAAAAAAUAAUUUCAAAAUUUCCAUAAAAUUGGACUCAGUUAUGUGGUUUGAGGUUCUCAGUCUAAUGAAUUUUGAUUGGUACUCUGCAUGUUGAGUUUAUGUUUAUUGUAUAUAUAAAAAAAUAUUUCGUUGUUACAUAUUUUGCUUCUCUUUUAUUGCGGUGUUUUGUCGAUGUCUGGGUAAAAUUGCUAAUUGCAUAUCUUUGGCUCUGUUUUGUUGAACUACACCUAUUUGCCUUUCAAAACAUUACCUGUAUCAUAAUUUUAUUGAUAUAUUUUAAAUAUUUUCUAUUAAUGAAUAUGUAAAUUAAUAUAGUUAAA